GCCCCGCGCGGGGCCCGCGCGCCGCUAGCAGCAUGUCUCGGCGCAAGCAGGCCAAGCCCCAGCACCUCAAGUCGGACGAGGAGCUGCCGCCGCCGGACGGGGCCCCCGAGCACGCCGCGCCCGGGGACGGCGCGCCCGAGGGCGGUGAGGAGCCCAGCGUGUGCGAGCGCUGCUGCGCCGAGUUCUUCCGCCGCGCCGACCUCGCGGAGCACAGGCGCGGCUGCGCCGAGAACCCGCCGGUGCUGAUCGUGGGCGAGGAUGAGCCGGCGCCGCGCGCCCCGGAGUUCCCGGCGCCGUCCCCGGCCAGCUCGGCGGGCGGCGGGACGGACAGCGAGGCCGCCGAGGACGCGGCGCCGGCGGAGGGCAGCGAGGGCGGCGAGGGCCGCGCCCCGGACGCGGGCGAGGAGCCCAUGGAGGCGGAGCCCUGCGCCGACCGCGGGUGCCCGGGCCCCGCACCCGCGGGGCAGCCGCCUGUGCCCCGCGGCCCCGACGCGGGCCCCCCUGCCGCCUGGGGCCCGCCGAGCACCAACGUGACGCUCGAGACCCUCCUGGGCACCAAGGUGGCCGUGGCGCAGUUCUCCCAGGGCGCCAGGGCGGCGGGCGGGGCGGCGGGCGGCGGGGCGGCCGCGGUGGCCGUGCCCGCUAUCCUGGAGCAGCUGGUGGCCCUCCAGCAGCAGCAGGUGCACCAGCUGCAGCUCAUCGAGCAGAUCCGCAGCCAGGUGGCCCUGAUGAGCCGCCAGCCCCCGCGCCCGCCGCUGGGCGCGGCCCAGAGCGCCCCGGGGCCGGCCACGCACUCAGCCCUGCAGCCCCCGGCCGGGGCGCCCCCCGGCCCCGCGGCCCAGCCGGCGGCCCACGAGGGGCCCCCGCACCUGUCGCAGCCCACGUCCAGAGCCAGCACUCCGCACGUCCCCAGCGGGGGCCCCUCCGUCCCCACCGAGCCCGGGGGGCCGGCGUCCUGCAGCGCGGCCCCGGCCUCGGCCGCCCCGGCCUUGGGGGCCAGCGCCGUGAGCGGCGCCUCCCAGCCGCCCGCCGCCCCCACGCCGCCCGCCCUGGGGCCGGGGCCGCUGCUCAGCUCGGUGCCCAGCCUGCCCAACCCGCUUCUACCUCAAACCUCGGCCAGCAGCGUCAUCUUCCCCAACCCGCUAGUCAGCAUCGCGGCCACGGCCAACGCGCUGGACCCCCUGUCGGCCCUCAUGAAGCACCGCAAGGGCAAGCCCCCCAACGUGUCGGUGUUCGAGCCCAAGGCCAGUGCCGAGGACCCGUUCUUCAAGCACAAGUGCAGGUUCUGCGCCAAGGUGUUCGGGAGCGACAGCGCCCUGCAGAUUCACCUGCGCUCGCACACCGGCGAGAGGCCCUUCAAGUGCAACAUCUGCGGGAACCGCUUCUCCACGAAGGGCAACCUCAAGGUGCACUUCCAGAGGCACAAGGAGAAGUACCCCCACAUCCAGAUGAACCCCUACCCCGUCCCAGAGUACCUGGACAACGUGCCCACCUGCUCCGGGAUUCCCUACGGCAUGUCGCUGCCUCCGGAAAAGCCGGUGACCACCUGGCUGGACAGCAAGCCCGUGUUGCCCACGGUGCCUACGUCGGUCGGGCUGCAGCUCCCGCCCACCGUCCCUGGCAUCAGCAGCCACGCCGACUCCCCCAGCCUCACGCCGGCCAGCCGCUCCCCGCAGCGGCCCUCGCCCGCCUCCAGCGAGUGUACCUCCUUAUCCCCUGGCCUCAACAGCUCCGAGGCAGGUGCCCCAGGGACCACCGAGUCCCCGCAGCCUGUGCUCGGUGGGCCUUGUCUGACCAAAACAGAACCUGUGAGCCUGCCGUGCACAAAUGCCAGAGCAGCGGAUGUCCCGGCCAGUGGGCACUUGUCCACUGCCACCACGUCGGCCACCACCACCCUCACGGACAGCAGCACAUCUACAGGCCUCUGCAGCCCAGUCCUCCCGGCCGGCCCCGACCAGUUCAAGGCCAAGUUCCCCUUCGGAGGGCUGCUCGACUCCAUGCAGACGUCAGAGACGUCGAAGCUGCAGCAGCUGGUGGAGAACAUCGACCGGAAGAUGGCGGACCCCAACCAGUGUGUCAUCUGCCACCGCGUGCUCAGCUGCCAGAGCGCCCUCAAGAUGCACUACCGGACGCACACCGGGGAGAGGCCGUUCAAGUGCAAGCUGUGCGGGCGCGCCUUCACCACCAAGGGCAACCUGAAGACGCACUUCGGGGUGCACCGCGCCAAGCCGCCGCUGCGCGUGCAGCACUCCUGCCCCAUCUGCCAGCGGAGGUUCACCAACGCCGUGGUCCUGCAGCAGCACAUCCGCAUGCACAUGGGCGGGCACAUCCCCAACACCCCGCCGCCCGACGGCUUCCGGGACGCCGCGGACGCCGAGCUCGCCUACGACGACAGGGCCGCCGACGCACUGAGCGGCUGCGAGGACGACGCGGACGAGCACUCCAUGGAGGAGGACGCCGAACCCAGGGACCCAGCCAGGCCGCUGCUGCCCCACGGGGGCUCCUGCCCGGCCUCACCCCCCUCCGUCAUCUCCAGCAUCGCCGCCCUGGAGAACCAGAUGAAGAUGAUGGACUCGGUCAUGAGCUGCCCGCGGCUGGCCGCCUUGCAGCCGGUGGAGAACGGGUCCGGGGACAGCGACCGGCUCAGCAACGACUCCUCGUCGGCCGCGGGCGACCUGGAGAGCCGGAGCGCGGGCAGUCCCGCCCUGUCCUCGUCUUCCUCCUCCACGCAGGCCCCCUCCCCCGUGAACAGCAACAGCGAGAGCUUGUAUUCCAAGUCCCCGGGCCUCGGCCACCAGGAGGAGCCCCAGGAGGCCCCGUUAAAGACGGAGAGGCCGGACAGUCCACCUCCUGCCCCCGAAAACGGAGGCGCGCUGGACCUGACGGCCGCCCCCCUGGGCCGGCCGCCCAUCAAGGAGGAGGCCCCCUUCGGCCUGCUGUUCCUGAACCGAGAGCGGGGUAAGUGUCCGAGCACUGUGUGUGGUGUCUGUGCCAAGCCCUUCGCUUGCAGGAGUGCGUUGGAAAUACACCACCGCAGCCACACGAAGGAGCGUCCAUUCAUCUGUGCGGUCUGCAGGCGCGGGUGCUCCACCGCGGGCAAUUUAAAACAGCACUUGCUGACGCACAGAUUGAAAGAGCUGCCUUCUCAGUUGUUUGACCCCGACUUUGCCCUAGGUCCCAGCCAAAGCACCCCUAGCCUGGUCGCCGCCUCCGCGCCCGCCAUGAUCAAAAUGGAAGUGAACGGGCACAGCAAGGCCAUCGCGCUGGGCGAGGGUCCACCGCUGCCGGCCACGGGCCAGGUGCCCACCGGGCCUCCGGCGGUGCUGAGCCCCAGCCUUGCGCCCAUGCUGGCCCCCCCGCCACGCCGGACGCCCAAGCAACACAACUGCCAGUCGUGCGGGAAGACCUUCUCCUCGGCCAGCGCCCUGCAGAUCCACGAGCGCACGCACACCGGGGAGAAGCCGUUUGGCUGCACCAUCUGUGGCAGAGCGUUCACCACCAAGGGCAACCUCAAGGUGCACAUGGGCACACACAUGUGGAACAAUGCCCCCGCCCGGCGCGGCCGCCGCCUGUCAGUAGAGAACCCCAUGGCCCUGCUGGGUGGUGAUGCCCUGAAGUUCUCAGAAAUGUUCCAGAAGGAUCUGGCAGCACGAACAAUGAGCGUGGACCCCAGCUUUUGGAACCAGUACGCUGCGGCUCUCACCAACGGUCUCGCCAUGAAGAACAACGAGAUCUCCGUCAUCCAGAAUGGAGGUGUACCCCAGCUCCCCGUAAGUCUCGGCGGAAGCGCCAUCCCCUCGCUGGGCUCCCUGGCUGCCGGGAUGGACAAAGCGCGCACCAGCAGCAGCCCGCCCACUGUGGGUUUGGACAAAGCAAACUCUGACACAGGCACCAGCCGCCCGUUCACCAGGUUUAUUGAGGAUAACAAGGAGAUCGGGAUUAACUAGCGGUGCGCCUCUUGCCCGGCUCUCCCUGCAGCCUUACCUCCGGUGGGCACGCGUUAACUUUGGCUGCUGAAAGGCUGCCUAAGCGCUGUGUGGUACUCGCCACGGGGGCCGGACUGUUCGCCAGCUCUGCAGCCUCUUACAUGACUUGAAGUCUGACAAGUCCUAGAAAUCGUCUUGGGAACAGCAGGGCUCAGACCCCAUCCACUCUGUUUCUCCUGAAACCAAAUACUCCAAGGCACAGGGGGUCGGUCCCCUGCAGUGUUUCAGUGAGACUCAAUUGUGGUUUUGUUUGAAUUAGUUAGACUUGAACGGUCUUUAGAACUCUUAACUUAAAAAGACGUGGUCUAGUACUCUCAACGCUGUGUCUUAUGCCAGUACCUUUGUCUGUAGUAUUUAUAAUGUUAAGAUUAUGCGGGUAACAGAUAAUAUAGCCCCAAAUUGGAAGGAAGCUUUUGUACUGCAGGAUCAUCUGGCUAUGCUAUUUUUUUUUUUUUAAGCAAGAUUUGAUUUACUAUAAAUAAGUGGGUUAUUUCAGUGCAGGCAAACUGUGAAGUUCUCUUGGGAAAGAUAGCAUGCUUUUGUGUGCAAGUACCUGUCAGUAACAAGACUUUUUUUUUUUUUUUUAAUUUAAAUGUUUGUAGCUGCUAUGUGGACAAUUGUUCGUAGUGCGGUCUGUAGCCCAGCGAUGGGGAACAAGUUACAGGCAAACAUCACCGUAAAUUACUCACAUUAAAAACAGUUGUGAGUAAAUACUCCACGUUAUCAAAGCUGUACAAUAAAAAGGUAAUGUUUGUAUAAUGUGGUUGCAAACUUAAUUUAUACUAUUGCACUUUUAGUAUUUUGUAUUAGGUUUGUCUAUAAUUUGAAAAUUUUAAAAUAUGUAAAGUAUUUUAUAAAUAGUACUUUGGUUUAUGGAAAAUGAUAAAAAAAAAAAAAAGACUGUUACAGUUUCUUGUUUUGUCUCAAGGUCAGACGAUAUGAGAAACCUAUGCUACUUACACAGAAAAGCCACUCAUCAGCUCCUCUAUAAAGCAGGGCCUGCCAUUUCUUAAAAUGAUUUAUUCAACUUUUCUACAAAGCCCAUUUAAAAACUUGACCCCUAAUGGAACUCUGAUGAAUUCCUCCUAGGAUGGUGCCGCCAGCACAAGACAGGGGCUGAGAACACUGGGUAUAACCUUACUGUACUCUUCUCUCUCCCAUGCCCGCAAACAAGGUCCAGACUGCCUGCGAGCAGUGGUGGUCGCGUCCAAUAAACUGGAGAGAAAUGUCGGGUGUCUGGCAGUUAAUCGGUCGUAACUGGGACCUUUUCUGCAUUCCUGAUUUAUUUAUUCUUAGAUGAAAACCAAGCACAAUGUUGUCUGAUUAUUCAAAAUACAGUCUCAAGCAGGUGACUCUGUGUACCUGCUUUGAGUGAGGAGAGGGGCUGGGCGCCAGGCAGGGCCGAGGGGGCUGCUACACGGGCAGCGCUGUGUGUUCUACCUCAUUUUGUGCGUUGCAAGCGUGCUGCAGUCCGGAAUGAUGAACCUCCUGCAAGAACGUUGUUCCGGAGAUGCCCUGGGUGGCUGGGUGAGCGUGUAAGGAGCUGUGCCUCUGAAGAAGCAAUCAGACAGUGGCAUCUUCUCAGUUCAAACAGAAUAAAAAUAGGACAAUCUUUCCAACACGGCCACAGCAACACCAAAACCACAUCGUGUCAUUGAAGAAAACAAUUCUCCCGACUCCGAAACGGGCAGACUUAGCUGUUCAUCUGUGGGGAUGAACGUUGAGCUGCACAGCUCUGCGCUGUUCUCCACGGUGAUGGGAUACGGUGCCAUCCCUUCCCGUGGGAUGAGCCAGGGGUUCUCAGCAUCGGGGAGAGAAAGCUGAGCUUGCUGUUGCUGGGUUUCAGCAGUUGAAUGUUUUAUUAUUUAUCUGUGUCCUUUCUGGUGUGAUGUUUUUUUGUUUUUUGGGUUUUUUUGGUAUUUGGUACCAUGUGGUGUUUUCUCCCAAAAGGAUGUGUAUAUAACUGAAAAAAAAGAAAUGUAAAGUGCUGUAAAUAAGAUGGCUCAUGAAGGGACAGUGAGACUGACCCCUAAGCUGUAUUCGGGGCUGGCCAUCCCUCCUGCAUGGUGAAGAGAGACACUAUUUUUCUAUUGCAAUACCAUGUAGGGCCAGGGGCCUCCCUGAACCGGCUGGGCAUUGUUACCUAGAUCCAAUAUUUUUAUGAUGAAAUCUGUGGCUCGACAUAUCUGCUGAUUGAAAUGGAUGUCGUAGUGUAGGUCACUAUUUUUGUCACAUGGAAUUGAAUAAAAUGCAGGAUGUGAUAUUAUUUCUGAAUUGCGUUCCUGAUUAUUCAAAUGGAAGCAGUGGAAUCUGAGCUUAUGGUCAUUGGUGGAGUAUAUCCGUGGUGUUUCUCCAAGGGAAGUCAAUGAAGUUGACAGCUUAGAGCUAAGUAAGAUUUAAGUGUAUCUUGACUGGGCUUGAAAUGGUUAGUUUCUACUUUUUUUUGAAAAUAACUAUGUAGCCUCCUAUAUUUUUUUAUAUCUAUCAUGGAAAAAGUUACAGAAAAUGCCUGAUUAUUGGAGACUUUUGUCCAAAAAUGACUACACUCUGAAUUACCUUCCCAUCAUCAGCAUUAAGUGAAAAUAUUGGCUCUUUGGGUCACUGGAAAAAUAAAUAGCCAUGCAUCAAAUCACAUUAUAGGGAAGUGCUCCAGUGGGCUGGGGCAGCUUUGUGUCCCCGCUAAACCCCAUUUCUUUGUCCACUGGCUCCAGGGGGAGGAUGUAAAGAAUAAAGAAGCUUUAUCUCACCUGACACUUGGUGAGACUUGAUCAAGUUUGAAGUUUAAGUCUUAGAAAGAAAAUUUUAUAGCUCCUAGAUUUUAACCUAAACAACCCAUUUCAUCUUUUAAAUAACUACUGAUGCCUAGAAGCCACAGUAAUUUUUACCUGGGAAGUGCCCAGACAUUUUAAAGGACUGAUCGAGGUACUAACCGGCCAGGCCACCCCCCAGCACAAAUCAUAGGCCUUAGGAAUUAAACCAUGUUGAUUUCAGUGCUGGAAUAGAAAUUAUGAGAUAUAAACUGACUAAAUCAGCUUCAAUUUUUUUUUUAAUGGUAAGGAAAUAGCAAAGAUUGCUAGAACCAUUUAAAAUAAUUUAAUUUGAAAUGCUGUGGGGAAAGGGGAUUUAACUUCUUAUUUCAAAAAUAUUUCCAAUGUGAAACCAGAGGUAUUUCAGCCUAACAAGCCUGGAUAUUUACUUCUCACUGACAUCAGCUCUAGUUGCUUAGACAAUAUAUCAAAGAAUCAUAAAUGCCAACAAUUCCUAAAAAUUACUUAUUUAAAUAUAUUUCUAUUCUAUUCAUUACAGGAACCAUUACCAUUUAAAACUAAUUUAAAAAGUAUUGCUAAAGGGCUAAAAAAGCAAUUGUUUUUAAAUUCUGCACUGUUUAAUUUUAUCCCCCGGAAGCUUGAAGGCAGAGUGGGUCCCCCUGCCUGCUGCCCUGCCUGGCAGAUGCGCCUGCUCCUGCCCUUUCCAGAGCCAUAGCGAAUGGCAGGAGUGUCUCCUUAUCACCAGGCUGGCUACUUGUUUCCAGCCCACCCAACCUCAAACCACUGCGCUCCUUUUGGCCGUCUGUCCGGUGCCCCAGAAGUCCAGAGCCCUCGCUUCUCCCCCCAGGGCAUGCUUGGGGCAGGGUGAUAAUGUCACACACAUGGGAUGCUGUGUCUAGCCUGUCACCUUGAAAGCAUGCCAGUCAACCUGGGGGCCUUGGGCUUCAAUCUUUUGUGCUGGUUAACUGACUGCCGGAGCUGAGGUCAGGGGUGGGGGUGUGAAGCACUUAUUUACUCCUCGGAACGUCUCUGGCCAGACAGAGCCUGGUUGAGAGGCUGCAAAAUGCUUCUGGGAGCAGGUCUGUUUGCUGAUGGUUAGCUUGGUUGAAACGGAAUCUACAAAGUAUUCUAUACAAAACUAGGAAUACAGUGAAAUCCCCCUGUUCUUUUUCACUUAAGAGGGGAAUAGUACUAUUUCAGCACUCCUUGUGACAGGAGUGAAAUCGGAGGCGUCUUCCCGCCAACCUCUUGGUGGUGAGCUCAUGGGCUCAGGCGCGUCCCCACGCCCAGCUGGCAUGCUCUCAGGGGGUCACAGGAUGGGGGACCUGCCUUCCCACCUGCUCUCUGCUUCAUUAUCUCUAAGACCCUGGUAGAACUGGGUGGCAUGAAAAUCCCUGCCAUUCCUAAAAUUGGGUGUAUGUUUUUUUAAGAACUACCACUGAUGUACUUUUCUUUCCCCCUCAAAUUCACGAGAUAGACCAUUUGACAGUAUUUAUGUAGAGAGAAAAUACAAAUGAUUACCUAAGAAUAUAAAUAUGAAAAAUGUAUUACAAAUGACUUUGCUGAAGAAAAUAUGUAGAAUCAUUUCUGGACCUUGAAAAAAAUGUGUUGAUAUCUUUGAUUUUUUUAAGUCAUUGAAUUUAUUGAAGCUUUUUAAAAUGCACCUGUAAGGUAUAAUAAAAUCAAGUUCUGUGAACAUUAAGCU